CCAAAUUUAAAAGAAUUGCUUUCAACUUUAUGAAUAUUUUUCAAAAAUUAUUACGCUGAUGCUUUCAAAGUUGAACAAAAGAAGACUUUGCAAAAUUUAUUGAAAAAUGGCCGCAGCUACGUCUUGCAAUGACACACAUAAUAUUACAUCAUUAUCUAUGUUUUCUUUUGGUUUCUCUUCGUUACUAUGCGUGGCAACAGUAUCUACAAACGCUCUAUUAAUAACAGCAAUAUUAGGAGACAAGAGGAAAGUCUUCAAAAAAGCAGUUUUUUAUAAAUUAUUGCUCAACAUAACAGUAGCGGACUUGCUUACUGGCGCGGUAAAUGAUGCCAGUGCUGUUUCGUUUCAUUUUAAAGAAGCCAACAAAAAAUAUAUUAGUCAUUAUGAAGUUCUUUUAGCUCAUUUAGGGCUUUUUAUGUUUUGUAAUGUUUCUUUUAUCUCCAUGGCAUUACUAUGCGUGGAUCGCAUUAUAGCCCUUAUAAGACCAAUUGUAUACAGAAAUGGAUUAUCUAAUCAAACAUGCAAUUUAAUAUUAACUUCAACGUGGUUUCUUUCGUUGCUGCUUUUGUUACCUUACUUUUCAAUGGGAUACAUUAAAUACCUUUCCGUUUUUUUGUUUACUUCGGUGUCCGUAACUUUUAUUGCACUAACAUUGAUGAUUUAUCUUUAUAAAACACGAUUUGUAUUAUCUUGCAAUUUAAAAAAACUAUCUUUAACUUCUGAAACGAGAAAGAAAACUAACGAAACCUUUACAAAAGUAAACCAAAUAACAAAAGAAGAUCAGUUAAAAAAAAGUUCUAAGUUAAAGAGUCCUAAUGAAAAAUUUAACGACAAAGAAAAUUACAUUUUGUAUAAGAUUGGUCAAUUUAAUCCAAAUUUUAUCUUUAAUCAAAGAAACGAUAAACAAGUCACCAAUCAAAACAAUAUUAUAUUCAAUAUCAAUCAAGUUAAUUUGAAAUCAUACUCUGCAGAGCAGCGAGUCAAUCAAUCUUUCAUUAUUAUGCUAUUUGUUUUUUUUAUAACCUAUUUUCCGGCUUGUGUAGUGACUUUGUAUUUAAACUUAUGUGGUUUAUGCAACUGUACUUUAACACAUGUUUUGAGAGAUUUCACUUACCUAUCACUGUUAUCUAGCGCUUUAUGGAGGUCAAUUAAUUUUGCAUGUCGAAUUACAACAUUAAAAAAGAGAAUAAAUGAGAUUAUAACGCACGUAAAACGCAUUAAAAGACCAACAAAUUCUACGUAACAUAGCUUUAAAGCAAAAGUUUUACCUUUUUCUUUUUUAAAAAAAAAAAGACUUAACGUUAAGGGACUAGGUUUUAGAACUUAUAUUGAUUGGUCAAAUAAGGGUAUUUUUUUACUCAAACUUUUUAUAUAUUAACAAAUUCUGUUUGUUUUUAUAAAUUCUAAUUGUUUAUACAAUUUUUUUUUUAUAA